AUGUACACUAAUUUAGUUUCGAUCGAGACUGAUGCGCAGCGGUUUCAUUUGUUCAAACAACAGUGGGGACAGCUAAACUUUCUUGAGAUUGGGUAUUACCAAAAUCCGGCAUAUGGAUUCAUUUUCGACGGCGGACAAAGUGUGUUUGGCGUUGACAUCCUCGUUGCUAAUCCUUUUGAGCAAUGGGAAGUUUUCUCUUACGAAGAAAACAUUCGUGACCCUGGUUACGUGAAAGCCAAGUUAAGAGUUCUUGACCAGAUCCGAUCCACCCAUGUAGAGAAACAAGUGGAGGGAUGGCCCAGCGCAACAGAAAACGGAUGGGGUAUCGAGAAGUUUAUACCACUUGCAGAUAUCAAAGACGCAUCCAGAGGUUUCGUUGUUGACGAUACCCUCAAAGUUCAAGUCGAGAUCUUGUCCUUCUCUAAGACCGACUCUCUCUAA